CAAAACGCAUGAUGCUCCCUUUCAUUUUCAUCAUCACUUCACGUGAUUAUUUUAAGAUGCAAGCCACGGUCAAAGAUUUGAUUUUUCUCUCAGAUGUCUCACCCUUGACCCGCAGAUGGAGCUAUGAGUUUUUUCCACCAGACAUGUCUGAGCUGAGGGUGGUUCUACUGGGGAACUGCUGGACACAGAGAUGCUUGGUGGGAAACCUUUUACUGAGUGAAGACAUUUUCAACAUGAGCGCAGAGUCACAGUCAUCAAAAAAAAGCAGUGGACCAUUGACGGACAAAAAAAUCACUGUCAUCAACACACCAGACCUUCUCCACCCUGACUUCACUGAAGAGGAGCUGAAAAACAAGAUAGAAGAGUUUGCAGAUGCCUCAGAGCCUGGGCCCCAUGUGCUCCUGCUGGUCCUUCAACCUGAAGACUUCACCUCACAGCAGCAGCAGAGGCUCCAGAAAGUGUUAGAGAUGUUCAGUGAAAACUCGUUUGAUCAUUCAAUGGUGCUGAUCUCCACAGACAGAGAAGAAAGUGUCACGUACACAGAGAAAACACCCUUAGGACAAAUGAUCAGGAAAUGCAGAUAUAGGUUUAUGUGGAUGAAGAACUGUACUGAAGAAGAAGAAGAAAGAGGGGUUAAGGACUUUAAAUUUGCAGAGUUGUUUUCACGACUGAGUCAGAUUGUCAAAGAAAAUCAGGGCCAUAACUUGACCUAUGAAGAUUUGAAGAUCCCUCUGCUGCUCCUCACACCAGGGACCAGGAGGCAACAGGCAGCAUCAUGGCAGAGGUUCAGAAAGCUGGACUGACAGCACAGGAUCCAACAAAAAGCAACGUCUCAGAAACAAGUCAUGUUACAGCUGAUUUAGAACUUCGUAUUCUCUUGUUUGGAAAAAGUGAUGACAAAAGAAAGUUUUAAGUCAGUUUAUCACCAAUAAGAAGAGCAGCCAAAAAGUGGAGCAUGGGGAAUGGAGAGGAAAUCAGCUCACAGUGGUGAAAACUGCAGACCUCUUCAAAAUGUCUGUGGAAAAGUUGAGAGAAG